GAAAAGCUGUGGUGUAUUUUCAUUGUUUACAUUCAGCAAAUUAACACUUCAAACACAUAAAGUAGACAAGGACUCUGUAUAACCUCAUUCAGAGAUAACAUUAGAAGUCUAAUUUAAGGCCCUUUGCGAACCUGAGGCCUUGGACACAUGCUCCCCUCCCCCACUCCACAUUCCACAUGCCUACAAUCCAGGCAUUUCCCGGUAGGGGAGGGGGAACACCUGCCCUGGCGCCUUCCUCUGCCUGCUGUCUGGGCACCUAUAAAGAAGGAGGGAACCUAUGGGGUGGGUUAGGGAGAGAGUCUGGUUUCCAGAUUCCAAUAUUGGUUCUGGGCUUGGCUCAGAGAUGGGAGGCAGACCUGGGUGUGGAGGCUGGGAAUCCCAAACAGAUCUAGACUCCUUUAGAAUGGUAGAGGAACUUCUAAAUUUCCGCAUCUGAAGGGAGAGGGAGCUUUCCUAUUCCAGCUCCAGACUGGUUCAACCUCCUUCAGACCCCAGCCCUGGAGGGCCUAGCUGCCUGGAACAUGGACAUUCAGCUGCUGGGGAGUGACUUGGUAUGAUUUCUGCCCAGGGGACUGCCGAGGAAAAUUGGAGCCCAAGAUGGAGGUGGGUGGGAAACCGAGUUCCCAAAGAUGAAGGCUCUGACUGGCACAUGGGGAAAUGGAUGGAGGCCAGAAAAGGCUAAGCAGGUGGUUGCAUUUUUGGCAAUGUUCAUGGGAACCCACACCCUCAAUUUGCGGCUCCAGAGGGAGUGCACCCAUUGGCCCAGUUGCUGCCCCAACAAAGGACGGGACCCCACUGAGGAGUGGCUGAAGUGGAGCACUGUGCACGUGCCUCCCCCAGAGACUGCCAGCCUCGCCCACCACCCAGAAUCCUGCAGGGCCAGUGAAGACGGACCUCUCAACAGCAGGUCCAUCUCCCCCUGGAGAUAUGAGUUGGACAGGGACUUGAACCGGCUCCCCCAGGACCUGUACCACGCCCGGUGCCUGUGUCCACACUGCGUCAGCCUGCAGACAGGCUCCCACAUGGACCCCCUGGGCAACUCGGAGCUGCUCUACCACAACCAGACCGUCUUCUACCGGCGGCCGUGCCCUGGGGAGCGGGGCACUCACGAUGGCUACUGCCUGGAACGCAGGCUCUACCGCGUCUCCUUGGCGUGCGUGUGCGUGCGGCCCCGUAUGAUGGCCUAGUGGUGCUGCCCACGGCCAGUCCCUGGUUGGAACACUGGAGCUGGGUGUGUAACCACCUGCCGUGGUGAGCCAGAGUGCUCAGCCCCUCCAAAGCACCACCUGGAGCAGCGGGAUCGUGGGAUAGGAUGGGGGCCUUGGGGGAAACUGCACUUUGCACUUUUUGGAGUGGAUGGAAAUGCAGGGUGAAGGGAAGGGAGCCCUGGUCUUAUGGCCUCUGGAAGCUGGUGUCCUGGCUUUUCCUCUCCGGAAUGGUCUUCUAAUCUGCCCAUUUCUGGAGGCCACCACCCCUGCCUCUUCCUUUCCUCUCAUCCCCAACUGCCCUGGUGUGACACAUGCACUUUCUUGAUAUUUUCCCCAUUGCCAAUGGAGAGCCCCUCAUUUCAUUUCUUUGUUCAUUCAUUCAUUCAUCAAACACUCGGUGAGCGUCUACUUUGCACACAUCCUGGUGUAGUUACUAGUCUUUUGACAUGGGUGACUCUGAGGAAAAGGCUGUUGUUGAGCAUGGAGAGACUUAUCCAAAUAAAUAAUCUGUAUUUAAA